AUGGGUUCUCUGUUGAAGUUUCUCGCCAAGUCUGAGUUGGCGUUGGAUGCGCGCCGAGAGCAUCGGAUCAACGCCAAUUCUUUCCAGCAAGACGCCAUAACGAAUUUCAACGGCUGGCAGUAUACCUGCUUUUACACGCACAAGGAUGCAUUGAGCAAUGCUCUCUUCGUCAGCCUUGCCCGGCGACCCAUUCGCGACUCUCUCGGCAGCUGGGAAGCGUUGACCUUUGAAGACUACGAGCAGACCGCCGACGACGGGCACAACACCAUCUCGAUAGGAGUCUGCGCCGGGGACGGCACUAUCCAUGUGUCGUUCGAUCACCACUGUGACCCUCUGCAUUACCGCCUGUCAAUACCAGGCGUGGCAACAAAGCCGGAAGCUCAUGAAUGGAAAGCCUCGCUUUUCAGCCCAACCCAUAAUCAGCUUCCUGGAUACACUCGCACAGGCCAGUUGGGAGUCGAGAAACUCUUCUUGGAGACAACGUACCCGCGCUUUAUCCGCAUCGACGACGACCUGCUUCUGAGUUACCGGAUUGGCAUUGCGGGAGCAGGCUCCGAUCACCUGUUUAAAUACAGCAGCAAGGACCAAUCAUACUCGUACGUCGGACAGUUCCUUGCGGGCGUCAAUAAUAACCCGUACAUCAACGGCAUUUCAUACGCCAACGGCCGCAUGCAUGUCUCCGGCACGUAUCGCGGGUUUGUAUGGUACGAAGGCGUGGACGAUCCAGAAGUGCGAACGCACACCGCCCAAGCCGGACCCAACGGGCCAGAAAAUAAUCACAAUCUAUUCUACGUACACAGCGAUGAUGGGGGCAAGACGUUCAAUAACACAAAGGGCGAAAGACUGGCAAACCUCGAAGUAGGCGAGACCGUGUUCCCCGACAACGACGGGCUCAUCGUUUUCGAUAUCCCAAUGAACAACGGCAUCCUGAACCAGGAGGCGCAGGCAGCGGACGACGAGGGCGGGUUCCACGUCCUGAACCGAGAAAACGAAGUCUGGAUACACUACUACCGCAGCCCAGAGGGGCGAUGGAGCCGCCACGCGCUACCUGCCGACCCGCAGCCGACGCGGACGGGGGCGCGUGGGGACGUCGUUGCUUUGCCGGGGAAGAAGACUGUUAUCUUUGCGCUGCCGGGGAACCGAGAUGACAAGCUCACUGUUCUGAGCGCCAGGUUGCCUCCUCGGGCGGUGUCUGCGGAGGAAGGGGAGGUGCUGUUGGAAUACCGCACGCUCUGGAGAGCUGAUGGGUUCUCUGGCGAGCCGCAGGUUGAGACGUUUCAGUCGGGCUCGCAGCAGAUGGUUUCGAUUUUCACGCGAACUGAGGAAAAGGAAAGAAAAGUGGUGGUGUUGGAUUUUGCUCUGGACAGAGACUUUUGA